AUGGCACACUCAUACAACUUUGCCAUAUUUAUGAUAGUUUCACUACUACCCAUCUCCUUCACAUUAACAAUUGUGAAAGCUGAUUUGAUAGAUGAGAUUUGCUCGAAAACAGUAAUCAAGGAUGUAUGCUAUUAUGCUUUAAGGGAGGAUCCUCGAUCCAAAGGUGCAAAUCCUGAAGACCUUAUGGCAAUCGUAAUAGACUUAACACAAAAGAAUGCAACAUUCACAUGUAAUCUUGUUAGCACGUUGCUUAAAGAGACAACAGAUCCAAAAUUAAAGACGCGAUAUACUUUGUGUUUGGGAAAUUUUAAUAAAGCAAGUAAUAUUCUUGUAAAAUUUCCAAACUUAUUAAGGUCUAAAGACUAUUAUGGUUUGAGUGCUAAUGCUUCUGCUGCUAUACGUGAACCUUCUAAUUGUGAUAACAAUUUUUUAGAACCACCGGUUGAAGUGCCCGAACUCAGAGAAGCUAGUGACAAUCUUCGAGGACUUAUCGAUGUUAUUUUGGUUCUUGUUGGCUUUUUGUAA